AUGAUUUCGAUCCUCGAAGACCUUGCACAGGGGCAGAGGGAACUCUCUGGCCCUCUUGUCGCAGCUGCCCUCACCCCCGUCGAUACCUCAGAAGACCCCAACCGAUUGCGAUCGUUCUACAAUUUCUCAAAUGCCGCGCAAAUAUCCACCAGCCUAAGACAUUACCUUACUCAGACCUGUCGCCUGAAGAUACCCAAACAGGAGCUCAACGCUUGGAUAGACCUCUUCUCCGCUUACUGGAAGGUCGUCGGGGAGCUCCUCAAGUUCGGGGAGUCUUCAACACGCGCAAGCUGGGUGCAGGUGUUUGACAAUUGGAGGGACUUGGCAAACGUGCUCAUCAGAGCUUAUACAAAUUUCGGAUUUGAGAACUGGACUAUAUCCUGCUUGUACGUCGUCGGAAAGUACCUCCGGUUGUUCGCUUCAAAGGCGGAUGCGGAGACGUCGGCUCAGAGCUCGGACGCUUUUUACCAGGAAGAUGCUGCUACAGACUUUGGCAAGAAUGCCAAAACCGAGGAGGCCGCACGGGUACUGAAUCGGAUGUUCACCUUGUGUCUCAACGACAGGGCUCCGCUAGAGGCGUCGCGAAAGUGGGGGGUUUACUACAUGACGAAUCUUCUGUUCAAAACAUACUUCCAGAUCAAUGCCGUUGGGCUGUCCAAGAAUCUCCUGCGUGCGCUCAGCGCCCAAGCGAAAGAGCUUCCAGAUCUGGAGGACUUUCCCAAGUCGCAUAUAGUGACUUUCAAGUACUUCGUGGGGGUUAUAUACUUCCUCGAUGAGAACUAUGGCGAGGCAGAGGAACAUCUUGCAUAUGCGUGGAAGCUCUGCCAUAGAAAUGCCACCAAGAACAAACAGUUGAUCUUGACGUACCUCGUACCCUGCCACCUCGUCAACACUCAUACCCUCCCAAGCAAAAAGCUCCUAUCUCACUCUCCCCGUCUUGAAACGCUAUUCCGCUCAUUAUGCGACUGUAUCCGAAACGGAGAUCUUCACGGUUUCGAUACCGCCAUGACGGCCGGCGAAGAAGAAUUCGUCAAAAGACGCAUCUAUUUGCCGCUAGAGCGAGGGCGCGAUAUCGCUCUCCGCAAUUUGUUCCGAAAAGUCUUCAUCGCUGGCGGAUUUGAAGAAUCAAAGGAUGGACAACCUCCAAUCCGGCGGACAAGAAUUCCAGUCGCCGAGUUCGCAGCAGCUUUGCGCAUAGGGACACACGCGGACUCGAGAACACGGAUUGAUAUCGAUGAGGUCGAAUGCCUGUUAUCGAAUCUCAUCUACAAGGGUCUCAUGAAGGGCUAUAUUGCUCGCGAGCGAGGCAUGGUUGUCCUAAGUAAAGGUGGUACUGCCUUCCCCGGAACAGGUGUCUAG